AUGAAACCUUUAUCUGUCGUUUAUGCGUUAUUACCAAAAAAAACACAGACAGUUUAUGUAGAACUUUUGAUGACUCUCAAAGACACGUGUUCAUCAGUGAAGUCAUUUUCUAUUGAUUUUGAACUUGCUUUGAUAAAAGCGAUUGAAGAAGGUUUUGAAGACAGCGUUUCCAUACAUUUGUGCUAUUACCAUCUUAGUCAAAGUGUGUGGCGUAAAGUCCAAAAUCUUGGUUUGGCAUCAAAAUAUACAAAAGACAAAGAAUUCCGUUGUUCAGUACGAAUGAUCAAUGCAUUGGCCUUUUUACCACUUAAUAUUAUUAAAAAAGAUCGUGAUAAUAUAAAUCAAGGCAAUUUUAGAGCCAUUUUAAAAUACCGUGCUGAUGGUGAUGACUAUUUAAAAAGUAUUUUGCAAAAAGAAGGAAGAAAUAAAUUUAUUUGUCCCCAAAUUCAGAAUGAAAUAAUUUCAGUGUGUGGUGAUGUAAUUUUGAAAAAGAUUGUGAAUCAAGACAAUGACUCAAAAUGUUUUACUGUGUUGGCUGAUGAAACCACUGAUAUAUCAGUGGUUGAACAUUUGACAGGCAAAAAUUUAGCAGAUUCUAUAUUGAAUGGAUUGAUGAAUUGUGGGGUUGACUGCAAAUAUUUAUAUGGACAAGGUUAUGAUGGUGCAAGUAAUAUGGCAGGCCACAUGCAAGGCGUUCAAGCCCAUGUUAGAGCAAUGUAUCCUAAAGCUUUGUACAUACAUUGUGUAGCUCAUUCUUUAAACUUGGCUGUCUCGACACCUAGUAACAUUAAACCUAUAAGGAAUUGUUUAGGAAUUAUAGAAAAGUUGUACGUUUUUUUCAAUACACCCAAACGUAACAAUGUUCUGCUGUCUUGUAUUGAAAAUAGUGAUACCGAUAUAAAAGUGAAAACUCUUAAACGUCUUUGUGCCACAAGAUGGGUACAAAGAUAUGAUGCGGUUCACGAUUUUGUUGAGCUAUUUGAGUUUGUCUUAGAAGCAUUAGAGACUAUUUCAGAGUGGAAUGAUUCAUUAGGUUCCACUACAGAUGCAAAUUUACUACUGAAAGCUAUGGAUUCUGAGUUUAUAGUGUCAGUUUAUGUUGUUAAGCUGUUGUUUUCAUUUGGUCUUCCUUUAUGUCAGCAAUUACAAAAAGAAAGGAUUGAUUUAAAGGAAGCAGUUGACCUGACAAAAGACAUUGUUUCAGAAUUGAAAUCUAUGAGAAGCGAAUGGUUUGAGAGUUUAUUUUCUUCUAAUACAGUUUUAACUGAAGUUGAAGAAACUUCAUUUAAGAAAUUAGUUGAAUUUUACCAACCAGAUGUAGAAAAAUUAGACGUUUUACUGGUUGAGCUAAAGUUGUGGAGGCGCAAACUAAGCAGAUCAUCUAAUAAUGAACCAAAAUCAGCUCUUCAAGCGCUUAUUGAAUGUGAAGCUAAUAUAUUUCCUAAUAUAUUUAUAAUAAUCAAAAUUUUAUGUACAUUGCCUGUAUCCACUACAACAUUUGAGCGGAUGUUUUCAUCCCUUAAAAGAAUAAAAACAUACUUAAGAAAUACCAUGUCUGAAGAUCGAAUGAAUGGAUUAACUAUGUUAGUACACAUCCAAUAA